UGAAAAAUAAUUAUUUCUUGAAAAUAAAAUAACAAACAUCAAUUUUGACACUAUAGACUUUGGCGCGGCCUCCUCUCUUCUCUUUUCCUCUAUCGCACGCCGGUACACCAUCGUCAAUUCGGUCUUCACAGCCUUUCUCCAGCCACCAGUGGCUCCUCAUUGCCUCCAACAGUGAAGAUAAAACCACGCAUCCAGUGCAUCUCCAAAUCCUCCAACUUCAAGAUGUUUGGUUCUGUCAGAAUUGUUUCUAAUAUUGCUGCCUGCAUUCGUCAAAACCUGUCUCUUCAUGGUGUCCAAGUACGAAAUAUAAACAUUGGAGGUGGUCUUGGAGGUGAGAUUCCAGAUAGCAAGCGCCUUCAGUAUGCGCUUCAGCAUCUCCACGGGGUUGGCCGUUCAAAAGCUCAUCACAUUGUGUGUGAGCUUGGAGUUGAGAACAAAUAUGUGAAGGAUCUAAGCAAAAGAGAACUAUAUUCCCUUCGAGAAUUGCUUUCCAAGUACUUGAUUGGAAAUGAUUUGAAAAAGUUAGUUGAGAGAGAUGUGGGAAGGUUGGUUGGUAUCCAAUGUUACAGAGGAAUCAGGCAUGUCGAUGGUUUACCCUGUCGGGGACAACGAACUCAUACAAAUUCCCGCACCAGGAGAACUAUGCGUACUUUUGGGGGUUCAAGAUAAGUGUUGCUCAUGUAAGAGAUGAGCUGUGUAACUGCUCUGCUUUUAGCUUACCAAAUAAGUUUGGUUAGACACUUGAUUAUACUAGCCAAAUCCACACAUUAAAUUUUACAUCAUCAAUUACCCUUGACAUGUUUAUUGCCUUAUCAUUGCUUUGCAAUCAUACUAAUUCUAGUUUUUGCAUUGAUGUGUCUUGCUAGAUUUUGAUGUUUUUAUAUAAAAGAAUUGAUUUAUACAA